CUCCUGUACACAAAGAGAAGAUGUUAUUUGCCACUCAUUCAUUACAGCUUCAUGAGUACUUCUGCAAAGCAGAUAGAUCAAAGACCAUUUUCUGAAAUAAACAAGGAGGAUGCCACUAUUAUCUCUCUUAGUUCUCUUCCUCUCCUUCUCGGCUUCGUCAGAAGGUCAGACACUCUGCAGCGACAAUAAUGGCGGCAUGUACAUGCCAAACAGCACCUACAAAUCCAACCUUGUAUCCCUCGCUGAACUACUGUUUGCCAAAGCCACAGAGGAGCACUCAGCUACUGGCACGGCUGGCAUAGGACCAGACAAGGUCUAUGGUGCAGUGCUUUGUCGGGGUGAUUCUGACGGCUCCGACUGUCGGAAGCGCCUAACCAGGGCCCUUGAUGAAGCAAUCAACAGCAAAGCUGGCAACUCUUACUCCCUCCAGAGUAACAACGUGACCUACUACGACGACCAAUACCAGGCACAGAUAAGCUUCUCUGACCAGGACUUCCUUUCCAACUUCAGCAACAUGCCCGGGUGCACCGUGAAUACUAACCUGAACUCCGUGACGGCCACUGGAGUAGCCAAGCGUUAUGAAGACCUUGUCAACAAGCUGAUACAUGCGCUUGCUGAUGUUGUGGUGAGCCGAGCAGAAAAAUAUGCAGUCAGGAAAGUGAGGUCUGAGGAGACAGGACAGACGGUGUAUGGGCUGGCGCAGUGCAUACGGGAUAUGCCAUAUGAGAGUUGUGCGGCAUGCCUGGAUCGCAUAAUCUCUGACAUGCAGAGUAAGAUCAUUGCUGGCCAGAUAGGGGCAGCAUUUCUUGGGGUGUGGUGCACAUUGCGUUAUGAGACGGACACACAGUUCUUUACUGAUACCAAGAUGCUGUCCAUGGGAGAGCUUCCGCGAUUUGUAAAACACACUUUUCGAUGGAACAAUGCAGUCUUGGUUGGCGUUGGAGGUUUCCUGCUAGUAAUAUCAAUUUCUUGCUUGGUUUUUCAUAUAUGGGUCAAAACACAACGACCAAGAGAACAAACAAUAUUUAAACUAGGACGGCUGUAUUUGUCAAUACAAAUUGCAAUAAAUCUUUGGAGGAUGGGAGGAGCCAACACAGAAUUUUCAGUUUAUGAUUUCUCCAAGAUAAAAGAAGCUACAAAUAACUUCUCGAUUGGUAACAAACUGGGACAAGGUGGCUUUGGUCCUGUAUAUAAGGGCCGAUUAAGAAAUGGACACAAAAUAGCAGUCAAGAGACUGCAAACAUCUUCUUUGCAAGGUUUACUGGAAUUCCAAAACGAAAUUCAACUCAUAGCAAAGGUUCAACACAAAAAUCUCGUGAAACUGCUGGGAUGUUGCACUCAAGGAGGUCGAGAAAAAAUGCUAGUAUAUGAAUAUAUGGAAAACAAAAGCCUAGACAACUUCAUCUUUGAUAUCAUUAAAGGAAGGCGAUUAAACUGGUCAAAACGUUUGCGCAUAAUUGAUGGGACAGCUCAAGGUCUUCUUUAUCUUCACAACUACUCACGAAUAUGCAUUGUUCUUAGGGAUUUCAAAGCAAGGAAGGAGACCACGACAAGGAUUCAGACGGGAGUCAACCGAGCUGACCGUGACCUGGAAACGAACGGAGACACGGCCUCCGCCGAUGCACCUCCACUACGCGACCAUGGCCGUUCCAACGUGAGCGGGCCGUUUCAUCAGUUGCAGGACACCUCAAGCCGCCGAACUGCGUCGAGCACCGCCCAGCACCAUGGCCGCAGCCAGAUUGCCGCGGGCCUCGGCCACAACCGCGCCUGGCUGUCUCCGCCGCUCCCGCGGCCGAGUCAGGCCACUUCUGCCUGCGCCGAGCUGCCAGUGCGCCUCGCCUCCUCCGAGCCGCCUGUGCGCCUUGCUGCCACCAUCGACCUCGCGCCGAGCCGCCGCUGCGCCGUCGCCUCCACGUCUGAGCCGCUGCGUGGCCAUGCUGAGUCGCCCGCUUCCGGUAUGGCUGUCGCGACGACGCCCCUCAAAGCCGCCCCUGCACGGUCUUGCAUUGAGCCGCCGUCCCGAGGUUACAGCCGCGCUGACCCGCGCCGCCGCGCCUCGAACCAGCCCGGCUUCACGACCGUCCCGCCGUGGCUUCGAACCGGCCCUGCCUCCGCACGCCUCUGCGGCUAUACCUGA